UUGGCGCUUCAGACGUCAGAAUAUUGUUUAUCGACAAUAUUACGAAGUACGUUUCAAAACCAAAACCACAAGAAUUGUACAUUCUCGUUUUGAUUUCACCCACAAAAGAUGUCUGUUGUAACCGUUUUGGUAUUGUUGGUGAGCAUAAUCGUUCUCGUCGAACGGUGCGCAUCUUUAAACGACAAAAAUGAUUUAUUAGGCAAUGUAAACGUACCAGCGGGUGCCACGAAAACAGAGAACAGCGGUUUUUGGGAUCCUUUGAACCUGCCAAAAAGCUUUGACGCCCGAGCAAAAUGGUACAUGUGCCCGUCCAUUGGACAGAUAUACGACCAGGGUAACUGCAAGUCGAGCUACGCUAUUUCCGUGGCGUCAGCCAUAAGUGACCGGAUAUGCAUCCAUUCAAAUGGAACGGUAAAACCAAAACUAUCGGCACAGCAAAUAUUGUCCUGCUGCUACUUGUGCGGAUAUGGCUGUUCGGGCGGCAAACAUUUUGAAUCUUGGGACUUCUACAGAAGACACGGGUUGGUUUCCGGAGGUGAAUACGGUUCGAACGAGGGAUGUCAACCGUACACGAUUGAACCAUGCCAGCAUACAGAAACUGCAGAAGAAAACGCAUGCUCGAAUAAGACACUAUUCACUCCAGAGUGCAAGGUUCAAUGUUAUAAUCCCGACUAUGGGACGAGAUACGUGAAAGACAAUCAUCAAGGAACGCAUUAUCGCGUCCCAGGAUAUACGGCGAUGAAAGAAAUUUACGAAAACGGUCCGAUAACGGCGUCGUUUUACAUGUACCAAGACUUUGUCAACUAUCAAUCGGGCGUUUACGCAUACAACUCUGGAAAAUACGUUACCACUCAAGCGGUUAAAAUCCUAGGCUGGGGAGAAGAGAACGGCACGCCAUACUGGUUGGCAGCCAACUCGUUUAACACGUACUGGGGUGAUAACGGAUUUGUCAAAAUAUUACGAGGUGCCAACGAAUGUUAUAUAGAAGAAUUUAUGUACGCUGGAUUACCGUUGCGCCAUCUAAAAAUGAAUAUCGUCUUGCUGCUCGUAUCCAGCUUUUGGUUAACGUGUAACGCUAAUGAUAAAUUGCAUAACAUCGUCACACACGUCAACAGCGCCAACGUGGCAUGGCAGGCCGGAAUAAACAGUUUUCAUACAAACGACCACAAGAAGUUGGUGGGAACUUUUUACCAUCCCGAGUGGAUCGGUCUGGAACACGAGACCUUCGAUGGGGUUCCAGUCAAGGGUGGCGAUUGUGAUAACGACAACGAAGACGAUGGUGGAGACGCAAACGAAACGCCUGAGACUUUUGAUGCCCGAUACCAUUGGUUCAAUUGCACUUCCAUCUCGCACAUCUGGAAUCAAGGCAACUGUGCGGCCGAUUGGGCGAUUUCUGUGACAUCGGCGAUGAACGAUCGCAUAUGUAUCGCAUCCCAGGGUAACAUUACGGCACUUUAUUCGCCGCAAAAACUAGUUUCCUGUUGCGAAGACUGUGGUAACGGAUGCAGCGGAGGAUAUACUGCAGCCGCGUGGAGGUAUAUACUAAAAAAAGGAAUCGUUACUGGUGGCGACUACGGGAGCAACGAGGGCUGUCAACCGUGGCUUGUGCAGCCGUGCAACGCAUCCACGACGGCCGCCGAUCCAAGUUCGGUGCUCGGUCCACACGGCGUGUGCGGUGGCGACCCAGCAACCACUCCGAAAUGUGAUCUGAGCUGCUACAACGCACGACACGAAGGCAAAUACUUAGACGACAUUAUCAAAGCCAAGAAAGUUUUUACGUUCGACGGGUGUGCAGCGAGGAAAAACCUGAGGAAACACGGCCCAUACGUAGUCACGAUGCGAGUUUACGAAGAUUUUCUCACUUACAAAUCUGGUGUUUACCAUCAUGUCACCGGUGAUUAUUUGGGGCUGUUGUCGGUUCGGAUGAUCGGAUGGGGUCUGGAAGGAGUACACGCGUACUGGUUGUUAGCUAAUUCAUGGGGAACUUCUUGGGGUGACAAAGGAUUUUUCAAAAUCAGACGCUUCGUAAACGAAUGUUGGAUUGAGAAUUUCAGAUACGCCGGCGUACCAAAAUUGUGAUGACCAAGUGAAUUCAAUUAAAUAUGUAUUAGAUAUGGCUACCUAUUAGCUAUAAUAAUACUAAAACGCUAAAUAUGACAGCAAUAUAAUAUGUAGGUACUGAUUUACCGACCUAUAUAUUUAAUAUUUUUGUAGGUGAUUACACAAUACGUAAAAAUAAAAUACAGGACAUUUUUUUGUUUUUUUUUUUCAAUUAUUCACUAUUACAUUACAUUAGAUAACCUAUUAAUACAUAACUAACCAAUUUUAUGUUUUUAAAAAAAUAAUUAAUAAAUACAUAAGUGUUUUUUAUAUAUAUAUAUAUAUUUAUAGAACAAAUUUAA